AUGGGAAUGUACGUCACUAAGCUUCUCUCCCUCUGGAGUCACUGGUUUGAGGUGGAUGACGAGGUGAUCAUUGCGAGACAAAAGUUUGGGCCACUUGCUCACAUUUGUGGACCAGCGGAGGGCGAAAACUGUUCACCUGUUUACCGCUCCAUAGGAGUCACAGAUGAGGAGCAGGCGCGCAUUACGAGGGAAUGGUAUUACGGCGAGCACUUUCUGAAACAGUUGGAGCAAACAUGCACGAGCAGAAGAGAUACUCUGGCAGUUGCUUACCGCACAAUUAACAAGGUUGAAAAGGAGUGGCGCGAGGACCAUAAUGGGAAGAGGCGCGAAUGGCAGGUUACACAUCUCAACGAUCCGGUCUACAUGACAUAUGGUGAAUUAUGGGAGAACUCUGUGGCCUUUGGAAAGGGUUUAAGGGAGUAUGGAGCAAAGGAAGGGGACCGUGUUGCCAUUUACGAGGAUACGCGAUGGGAGUGGCUUGCCUCUGCUAUUGGGGUUUGGACGCAGUUGAUGGUUACUGUAACAGUUUACGCUAACCUCUGCCGGGAGGGGCUGAUGCACGCGCUCAAGGAGACGGAGUGUGCCGCUAUUAUUUGCAACGGCCAAAACAUAAAGGAUCUCAUUACCUUACUGAAGGAGGUCAAUCUCACCAACACCACGUUGGUCUAUCUCGACUCUCUACCAGAUGGGUUAAAUGAUGAAGGCAUGCGCUUAAUACCAUGGAAACAGGUGCUGGAGACGGGAAUGAAGAGUAACCUGGGCUAUACCAUUCCUGGAAAUUGUGACACAACGGCUUUGAUCAUGUACACAAGUGGCACAGUGGCGGCACCCAAGGGUGUCAUGCACACCUUUGGUUCUCUCACCGCCAGUAAAAAUGGGCUGGCGGACCGCUUCCUUGAGUGUAUUGGACCCAAGGAGGAGGGUGAGACAUAUGUAUCUUACCUCCCCCUUGCUCACAUUUUGGAGUUUAUUGCUGAUGUGGUGAUGCUUAGCCGCGGUACCUUGGUGUGUUUUGGUUCGCCACGAACACUCACGGAUGAUACGGCGCGACCACGAGGUGACUUGAAGGAGUUUAAGCCAGUGUUUAUCGUUGGAGUCCCACGGAUCUUUGAGACAAUACGGAAGGUUGUGGAAAGUCGGCUACCACCUGUGGGUAGUUUUAAGAGGACCCUCUUUGAUACUGCCUAUGCUGACCGACUCCGUGCUCUCAAGGAGGGGAAAGAUACGCCUUUCUGGAAUGAAAAGGUUUUUAAGGUCCCACGCGACAUGUUCGGUGGCAGGCUGCGUGGAGUGGUAUGUGGUGGCGCACCUCUCGCUGACAGGACACAAGAGUUCAUGCGGGUUGUCUUCGGCCUUCCGCUGGGACAAGGCUACGGAUUGACAGAAACGUGCUGCAACGGAAGCAUACAACGUUUGGGUGAGUUAUAUCCAUCAGUUGGUCAACUCCUGAAAGGGGUUGAAGGGAGGCUAUUGGAUACAGAUGAGUACAAGCACACUGAUAAGCCAUUCCCGCGAGGGGAGCUCUGCCUUCGUGGGUCGUUUAUGUUCAAGGGCUACUACAAGCAGGAGGCCAUGAGCAAAGAAGUGUUGAUUCCAGGGGGUUGGUUCCGCACGGGGGACGUUGUGGAAAUUGGUGAAGAUAAUGCCCUGCGAGUCAUUGGCCGUGUUAAGGCACUGGUGAAGAACCUACUCGGAGAAUACAUUCAGCUGGAGUACCUGGAAGUGAUUUACUCACAGCAUCCAUUGUCUGCCCCUAAUGGCGUCUGCAUUCUUGUAAAUCAGCGGCGGGCAUACAUAUGUGCCCUUGUAAUCACCGACGAGGAAAGGGCUAAGAAGUUUGCCCAAGAAAAUGGAAUUGGUGGAACGUGGCCCGAGAUACUUAAGGACCCGACUUUCCACCAACGUGCCGCCAAGUCGUUGUCGAAUUUCGGCGCUUCAAUUGGUAGAAAACCCUUUGAACUGCUCCGUCAGGUACGUGUGAUCGCCGAUGAGUGGACGGCAAAGAAUGGGAUGCUCACUGUCUCGAUGAAAAUCCGUCGCAACAAGGUGGAAGAAAGGUACGGCGAUGUCAUUGAACAACUUUUCAAGUAUGAGUAA